AUGGUGCGAGUCGCCAGCGCGCUGGGACUCGUCAUGUUCAGCGUGGCGCUGCUCAUCCUGUCGCUCAUCAGCUACGUGUCCAUCAAGAAGGACUUCCUGCUCAGCACCCCCAGAUACGGACCUAAUGGAGGACCCAGGAUGUACAUGUUUCAUGCGGGGUUUCGCUCCCAGCUGGCGAUGAAGUAUCUGGAUCCAGCUUUCACUCCUCUGACCAAUGCUCUCAGCGAGGACAUGCAGAACUCCUCUAAAUGGAGGUACAACAGCACUGCUUUUAUACAGCAGAGGAAGGAAAUCUCUCAGUACAUCGACAUCCCCCACAACUUCACACUGACGCGUGACUCUGUCCGAAUCGGACAGCUGAUGCAUUAUGACUACUCCAGCCACAAGUACGUCUUCUCCAUCGGCGAGAACUUCCGCUCCCUCCUCCCUGAAGUCUCGCCGAUCCUUAACAAACAUUACAACGUCUGUGCCGUGGUCGGCAACAGUGGUAUCCUCACCGGCUCGCGCUGUGGACCCCAGAUCGAGAAGUUCGACUUCGUCUUCCGCUGCAACUUUGCACCGACCGAGAUCUUUAAGAAGGACGUUGGGCGGCGGACCAACAUGACAACCUUUAACCCCAGUAUCCUGGAGAAAUAUUACAACAAUUUACUGACUGUGCAGGACAGGAACAACUUCUUUCUGAGCCUGAAGAAGUUGGACGGCGCCAUCCUGUGGAUCCCGGCAUUUUUCUUCCACACGUCGGCCACGGUGACGAGGACGCUGGUCGACUUCUUUGUGGAGCAUCAAGGUCAGCUGAGGGUCCAGCUGGCCUGGCCUGGAAAUAUCAUGCAGUACAUCAACAACUACUGGAAAACAAAGCAGCUCUCGCCAAAGCGCCUGAGCACUGGCAUCCUGAUGUACACGCUGGCGUCAUCCAUGUGUGACCAGAUCCACCUGUUUGGCUUCUGGCCCUUCGGCUGGGACCCCAACACGGGUAAAGAGCUGCCGUACCAUUACUAUGACAAGAAGGGCACCAAGUUCACCACCAAAUGGCAGGAAUCCCAUCAGCUGCCCGCUGAGUUCAAACUCCUCUACAAGAUGCAUACAGAGGGACUGCUGAAGCUCAGCCUCUCCCACUGUGCUUAG